GGUCUAGUUUUUCCAAUGGGUGAAAGAUAAAAGGUGAAAGGUUAGAAAGCCGCAGGAUCAGCAUGGAGCAUGCCACGCUUCCUGACAGUUUGUCAGCCAAGUUCAAAGGGUCCUUUGCCUACAAGACCGUGAAGGACCGCAUACCGUCCAUUCUGGUCAAGGUCAUCGAUGUGCUGGCCAGGAACUAUGGCAAGUUCAAGGAAGACUACGGAGAGGAAGGAGUGGAGGAUGCUAAGGGUGUGGUUGGCCGACUGUCAGGGCUGAGGAACGAAAUGCAGACAGAUAAACCUGUUCUUCCCCUGACGGACGGCAGGGCAGACGUCAAACUCUGGAACAGGUACCUAGAGGAGGUGUCUGCGGUACAGGGUAGUCCACCAAGUUGGUUCACCUCAGCCUGGCUGUAUGUGGAGUGUUAUAUGUACCGCAGGAUCCAGCAGGCAUUCGAGGACAGCACCAUCCUGAGGACCUUUGACCCCUUCAGGGCCCAGAAAGAGGCUGGCUUGUUGAACUCGGAGUCUCCAAUCCAGAGUCUGGCUUCCUACGUACAACAGGCCACCCAGGACCCCAGCACACUGUCACAACAGGACAUACACACAUUGUUCAACCAGCUUAUACAGGUGAAUCUCUGGGGUAACAAGUGUGACCUGUCCAUCUCAGGUGGUACAGAAAACUACCAGAAACAUGACCCAAUCCAGCAGUUAUCCAGCCUCAGACCCUUCAUCAUUGUCGACCAGACCGACCAGAUCUGGAACAGGAUCAACCAACCAGGAGCCUCCAAACGGGUGGAUCUGAUUGUGGACAACGCCGGGUUCGAGCUCUUCUCGGACCUGGUCUUCGCAGAAAUGCUGCUUGCAACAAAACUAGCGGAUGUCGUACAUUUCCACCUGAAGGCAAUGCCGUGGUUUGUGUCUGACGCAUUGCGCGGCGAUUUCAUGUGGACUCUUGACGUUCUGAGGGCGUCCGGCCACGCGGCGGUGUCUCACUACGGGAACCUGUGGCACGAGCGCGUGAAGGACGGCACCUGGGUCCUCUGCGAGCACGACUUCUGGACGUGUCCGCACGACUACAGCAAGAUGGAGGCGGUGGCUCCGGACUUGUACGCCGACCUGGCGAGAUCCCACCUCAUCGUGUUCAAGGGCGAUCUGAACUACCGUAAGAUUACCGGCGACUUGAAGUGGGCGCACACGGUCCCGUUCAGCGAGGCUCUGCGGGGGUUCCUGCCGUCAGCGCUGUGCACGCUGCGUACGCUCAAGGCCGAUCUGAUCGUGGGGUUGGAGGAGGGUCAAGCGGAACGCAUCGAGAGAGAGGCGGAGGAAGCAUCUGAUUGGAUGGUUAGUGGGAACUGGGCUGUUGUCCAAUAUUGUGAGCAGCUUUGAGUCAGGAUAUGUGGAGAAAGAGCUUUCCAAAAUGGGACAAUUGCAAAAUACAAAAAUGUAUGUAUAAAGCCAUGUUGAGUUGAUUACUUUUUUUUGUACAUGGAUGACGUCCACACAUGCAUCAAUUUUUUUCGGCUGUUUCCCAAAAAUAAGUGUUUGACCAUACUCGAAUCGUACAAUGCAGCUGCAAAGGAAGCAAAUGUGUGUUGUACAAUUUGCAAACAAAAAAUUGAAAAAUUACUACUUAUGUCGUAGAGUGCCAAAGUCAGUCCCAAAGUCAAAGAUAUGCCAUACUCUGUGUGUUCAAUCAUUUGUUCAUUGCAACCUUUCUGACCACUUAGAUGAUAGAUCUCAUAUUUUUGAUAAAGGUAACUUUUUUUGCCAAACUAUGUUUUAUUCGCAGUUUUUUAGUCCCAUAGGAUGUCAUCCAUAUAAUCAAAUCAACAUGGCCUAAUGUUAACUUGACUAAAUAAUGCUCCUAAUGUAGGGGAGGGGCCAAUUAGCCCCUGGCAGCGAGGGAUUGAUAAACACAGGCUAUGCACCUUGUAUGCACCUCGUCCUGGAAGAUUGGUAACUGUUACCGUUUUUGUAAAAAGUAUGUUAUGCAUGUCAAAGGAUGUUGUAUGCUGGUGAAUUAUUAAACAUGAAUCUGGAAAGUUUUA